CGUGAAGGCGUCGUCUAGCAGCAGCAGCCAUCCGCAUCAAACAGAUUCAUUCAGUGUUUGGCUGCAGCGCAGACAACAACAGCUACCUCCCUCAGUCCUGAUGCUGCACAGCUAUAGGACAAAGGAAACAUUUAAAGCUUUGCUUUUCUAACAAAGAACCAUAAAAUCAACAAUAUAAGGUCUUAUACUAGAAGAUCACAGUGAAGACAACAGUUGUUUUGUUAAACAAAUCCCUCCACAGACGAUCUGAAGAAUUUAAAAGCUGAUUUUCUUCUGUGUUCAGUCAAGACGCCACGACCACAAUUGUUAAGAGAUAUCCAAGCAUGUCAGGGGCCUAAUGUUUCUGUGUUAAAAGCUUAUUGUGACCAAUCAGCUCUGUCUGGAAGAAAAAUGAGGAUCCAAACAUGCUCAUAACCCAAGGGGUUCAGUCUGCCUCAGUCCCACGGGCAAGGCAGCGUUUACUCCGGCACCCAGCCCUGCAGCAGCUCCUCUGAAUCCUCAUGUGCACCCGUUACUGAGGGACUCGUAAGCACAGCCAGGGGCCGACUAAAGCUCAAAACUGCAGCUGCAGCCAUGACUUCAUCGGACAAUGAUGAAACGGGGAGCGAUCUGUCCGAGUCUAUGGAGAUCCGCGAGCUCCAAGACCAGUACAUGGAUGCAGAGAACAGCUUUAAGUCCAAGAGUUUACCCAUCCUGAAUGGACCCAGUCACCAGGACGGCGGGGGCGGCGAGUCUCUGCUGGUCAACACAACCCACACCUGCGUGGCCGUGGAGGAGAGCUGUGUGCUCCAGCUGAAAACCCCCAGCUCCAGCCAGGCGGAGUCCCCCUCCUCCAGGACAGACUUCUCCCCCUCUUUCUCCAGCAUGGUGGGGCUCAGCAGCUCUCUGCCGGUGGAGGGUCGCAGGCCGGCGGGCUCAGGGGGCAAAAAACUUGGUUUCUCUCUCACCCGCUUCAUUCGCAUCCCGGCCCGCAAGUACGUGCGGGUCAUCCUGAGCGACUCGCGCUGCUUCCUGUUCUGCAUGUGCUACCUAACCUUCAUUCAGUCCCUGAUGGUUUCAGGCUACCUGAGCAGCGUCAUCACCACCAUCGAGAAGCGCUACAGUCUGCGUAGCUCGGAGUCCGGCCUGCUGGUCAGCUGCUUUGACAUCGGCAGCUUGCUGGUGGUCGUCUUCAUAUCCUACUUCGGGGGCCGAGGUCAGAGGCCGCGCUGGCUGGCCGUGGGCGGCGUCGUGAUCGCCGUGGGAGCGGCGUUGUUUUCCCUGCCGCACUUCAUCUCACCACCCUACCAGAUUCAGGAGAUGAACUCUUCAACCGGCCAAGAAGGGCUCUGCCAGAGCGGCAACGGCAGCGGGCGCGAGCUGCUCGACGUGGCGUCCUGCCCCCGCGACCAGGAGGGCAACGAGCACAACCUGUACGUGGCGCUCUUCAUCUGCGCCCAGAUACUCGUGGGCAUGGGCUCCACCCCGAUCUACACCCUGGGGCCCACCUACCUGGAUGACAACGUGAAGAAAGAAAAUGCAUCUCUCUAUCUGGCCAUAAUGUAUGUAAUGGGGGCCCUGGGACCUGCAGCUGGUUACCUGCUGGGAGGUGUCCUCAUUGGCUUCUACGUCGACCCCAAAACGGUUGUGAACAUCGACCAGAAUGACCCUCGCUUCAUCGGCAACUGGUGGAGUGGAUUCCUCCUAUGCUCCAUAGCUAUGCUUCUGGUGAUCUUCCCCAUGUUUGGCUUCCCCAAAAAGCUGCCUCCGCGCCACAAGAAGAGGAAGAAGAAAAAAAUGGGCUCGUCAGCCGACGUGUCCAGCGACGAUGAUGUGAUGAAAGAGAAGUCAAGUGGCAAGGACCAAAAUGUGUCGUCCUCCAUGGGCUUUGGAAAAGAUAUCAAAGAUCUUCCCAAGGCUGCGCUGAGGAUCCUCAGUAACAUGACCUUCCUGUUUGUCAGCCUGUCCUACACAGCUGAGUGUGCCAUUGUCACCGCCUUCAUCACCUUCAUUCCCAAGUUUAUUGAAUCACAGUUUGGCAUCCCGGCCUCCAACGCCAGCAUCUACACUGGUCUGAUCAUCGUGCCCAGCGCCGGGGUUGGCAUCGUUCUGGGGGGCUACAUCAUCAAGAAACUAAAGCUCGGGGCAAGAGAGUCGGCCAAGCUGGCCAUGAUCUGCAGCGGCGUGUCUCUGCUCUGCUUUUCCACGCUCUUCAUAGUGGGCUGCGAGAGCAUCAAUCUAGGAGGCAUCAAUAUACCUUACACCAACGGUCCAACACUCACCAUGACCCACAGGAACCUGACGGGCAGUUGCAAUGUGAACUGUGGCUGCAGGAUCCACGAGUACGCUCCGGUCUGCGGCUCCGACGGCAUCACCUACUUCAACCCCUGCCUGGCUGGAUGCAACACUGUGGGCAAUGACAGCACUGGGAUCAGGAACUACACGGACUGUGGCUGCGUGCAGAGCAGACAGGUCAUCACCCCGUCCUCCGGCGGCCAGGUCAACCAGCUCCAGCUGGUCAUUGUCAAAACGUACCUGAAUGAGAACGGCUAUGCCACGUCGGGGAAAUGCGACCGCACCUGCAACACGCUCAUUCCCUUCCUCAUCUUCCUCUUCAUUGUCACACUCAUCACUGCAUGUGCCCAGCCCUCCGCCAUCAUCGUCACCCUCAGGUCUGUUGAUGAACAAGAGAGGCCUUUUGCUCUUGGGAUGCAGUUCGUUUUGCUCCGAACUCUCGCCUACAUCCCCACGCCCAUCUACUUCGGUGCUGUGAUUGACACCACCUGCAUGCUGUGGCAGCAGGACUGCGGCGUGCACGGCUCCUGCUGGGAGUACGACGUUACCUCGUUCCGCUUCGUCUACUUCGGCCUGGCGGCCAGCCUGAAGUUCGUAGGCUUCGUCUUCAUCUUCCUCACCUGGUACUCCAUCAAGCACAAGGAGGCGCGGGCGGAGCACUGGCGCCAGCACCUGCCUCCGCUGGGCACCGUCAGCGACCUCAUCUGCCACGCCGGCGGGCACAAGAGCCACGCCCGCACCCGCUCGUGCCCCGUGUUCAUCCCGCCGCGGCCCGAGCCGCCCGCCGCCCUGCUGCUCAACCGCGGACACAGCAGCCUCAGCUGCCCGGGCAACGCCCUCAAAGCAAUAACCCCGCCCAUCCUGCUGCCGCAUCACCACCGAGGCUCCGCCCAGGUCUGAAAGAGCAUACCAGCCUCCUGACUGGGGUUCAUCGUGACACGUGCCUUCCUGUUUGUGUUGCUGCACAACACGGUGUCUGCUUUACACCGACCCGGGCACCGGACUCACAGGCAGAGACACAAGUGCGCCCGCCAUACCUAAAGGGCUGCCAAUUCGUUUAUGGUAACAGGAGAUGCAAAUAUGUUUUUUCUCAGAGCAUAUCAUCAGCUGCAGCCACUCUCCACAUCAGUUUGGGCGAUGUACGAACAUCACACGGUGCUACUGUUAACGGACAGGGCAUUACAACCUCUGUACAGACAGAUGAGUCAUCAACAUGGCGUCUAAAGCACAAAAGACAAACUUGUACUAUGCAAAGUUUAAUGUACAGCUCCUUCUAUACUCCACUUGUGUACCUCCUUCCUCUCCGCGCAACUCACUUACACACUUCAUUGUUGUUGGCCCUUUUUACGGUCUCGUUUUUCCACGAAACAGCUGUUUCUGGUGUAUUUGGGCCUUUUUGCUUCACACAUGUUGUCUGCAUCCUCAGAUGAGACAAAAACAGGAUACUUUUCUUCUCCUCCCAA